AUGAUCCUCCUCAUUAAAGCCAACUCUCGCCUGCACACCCCUUUGUAUUUCUUCCUCAUGAACCUGUCAGUCUUAGACUUCUGCUUCACCUCCACCAUCACCCCCAAAGCCAUGGUGAGCUUCCUAGCAGGGAGCAAAGCCAUUCCCUACAAUGGAUGUGCCACCCAAUUCUUCUUCUUUUCUGUCUUCCUCGCUGCUGAAGGGUUCCUGCUGGCAGCCAUGGCAUACGAUCGGUACAUUUUCAUCUGCAACCCACUCUUGUACCCCAUCACCAUGUCCAAGUGGGUUUGUGUUCAGCUGGUGGCGGGGUCAUAUUUUGGUGGCUGUGUGAACUCCAUGGUGCAGCCUGGCUUCACCUUUACACUGCACUAUUGUGGGUCAAACGAGAUCGAUCAUUUCUUCUGUGAUGGCCCUCCCUCGAUUAGUCUCGCCACCAGUGAUACAUACGUCAAUAACCUGGUGAUGUUUACCUUAUGCGGCCUUAUCAUAGGGAGCACCUCCCUGUUCAUGCUUAUCUCCUAUGCUUAUAUCAUCUCCACCAUCCUCAGGAUUCACUCUGCUGAGGGCAGACACAAAGCUUUCUCCACCUGCACCGCCUAUAGAAUAGCGGUGAGUUUAUUUUAUGGGUCCACAGCUUUCAUGUAUGCACAGCCCACCUGGUUAACUUCUCUGUACCCAAGGAAAACGGUGUCUGUGUUUUACACCUUUGUCAUCCGCAUGAUGAAUCCCCUCAUCUGCAGUCUAAAGAAUAAAGAGGUGAAAGAAGCUUGGGUCAGAACUAUGGGGAAGAAAUCUUUGAAAAGUAGAACCUUGCUUAUGAACAUAGAGACCAAAUCUGCCUGUGCAGGGCUUUUGUGA